AUGCGUUUCCUCAUCACCCUCCUCUUUGCGUUCGUCGCAACCGCCGCUGCAUUCCCGGAAUUCCACUUCCUCGAGGCGCGCAAGAACGGCAAUGGCACUAAGAGCGAAGGUGGAAAGAAGAACGGCACUAGCAAGGGCAACUCUGUCAACAAGCAGUGCAAGCAGAUGAUGAAGAUGGUUAAGAUCACCGAGCUCGCCGCCAACCAGACCAAGCUCGAUGCCCUCGUCUCUAAGGGCAAGUUGAACGAAACUGAGAUCCAGGUCAUCAAGGACAAGGCCGCAAACGCCACUACGACCCUCAAGACUCUCCAGGCCAACAGCACCCUCGUCGACGAGUGCAAUGUCAUCGCCGCGAACAAGAUGGUCAAGUCAGAGUGCAAGGCCAUGAAGAAGCUUGCUAAGACCGCCGCGCUUGCCACCAACCAGACUGCCAUGGAUGCCUUCGUCGCCAAGAAGAAGCUCAACGACACCCAGGUCACCAAGUUCAAGGACCAGAUCACGAAGGCUCAGACUAAGCUCCAGGAGCUCAUGUCUAACACUACUCUUACCGACCUGUGCGCCUCGCAGAAGUCGCAAAAGGGCUCUGACGACAGCGGUAGCUCCACCACCGGUGCGGCGGCUGAGUCUUCGUCUACGCCUGAACAAGCUACCGGCGCCGCCAGCUCCUUGACGCUGCAGACGGUCCCCUACGUCUUCGUCCCGGCUCUUGCUGGUCUCUUUGCUAUUCUCUUGUAG